CAGACAUAUUGACUGCUUUUUUUUGUGUUGUUUUUUGGUUGGAUUUUAGUUACAACAACGAUGUUACGGAGAGGGCAGGCGAUGCUGCCUUUCUUCUUAUUGGCCUGGGUCUUGAGGCUCACACAAGCUCUUGCUUCAGCUCAUGAUCGCCUGCAGGAUGAAGCAGCUGCAAAUUCCAUGUCAGGGACAGGAAACUUGGAUCGUGGAGGGAACUUGAGCUUAGCUACUGAUUUAGCCAUUCCUUAUGCUGAGGACCUUUUUUCUAAACCGGAUUACUUUUCACCAAAUGGAAAAAGUGAACUUUCUGAGAUUGCUGGUUAUUCUGCAGAACAACAGAGGCAGUCUCUUGAUCAUGUGUUUUCUGAGUCUGAUUCUACAAACGAUGGGCUUUUUGAUUUCAGCCAGCAUUAUAGGUAUGAUGUGGAUGCUCUUGAACAGCCUGGCUUUUCCAAUCCAGAUAGUGAUGACUUCAAUUCUGAUUUGACCAAGAACUCUGUCCCUUUUGCUGCUGACGACUACCCUAUGGCUUCAGACUCUGAAGGCGAUGUGGAACAUGCACUUUUUACUGAUCGGAGUAAUGACCCUGAUGACUUCCCAGAAGUCUCAGCAUAUGCUCAUUUAGCUACUUCAGAUAAAGAAAAUGUGUCUAAUAUUGCUAGCCUUGAUCUCAAUGAUUCGGUUAAUCUUGCAGCAGAAAUGGGUAUAGGUGAACUUGGCAAAGAGUUUGAUUCUUCUGACCACAAGUCUGGUACCUAUUCUGAAACCCUAGGCUAUGAUUCUGUUGCCUUUGCAGAUCUUGAAAAGGAAGGCACUGAUACUUUGCAUCCUGGUGUGCAUUCCUAUCAUCGUAAGGACCAAGUUACUGGUGACCUCAAUGAAAUGCAUGUUUCUUCUUUUGACCGCUCUGUACUUACUGAUAUAAAUCUGGAGUUGGAUGAAGCUCUUUCUCCAGCUCUUAAGAUUGCCAGUGCACUCAACUCUCCUGAUCUCUCCGGAGGUCCCAGGGUGCCAAGCAGCAUCUAUGAUGCCUCUAUGGGGCCCUAUGGUGUAUUUAAUCGACCUAUUACCCCACCAAACCCUCCUCCCCAUAGCACAGGAGAGCCAACCACCCUGGCUUCAGCAACUACAUGUGGUGUUGCAGACAUGGCCAUCAAAUUGUUUGGUGGAAGGCUAACAGACCUCAAAGUGCGAGCUGCCUUCAUAUUUGUUGAAGUAAGCAAGAUUACGCAGAGGUGCAGAUACAAAGUGUUUGAGAGAAAUGGAGUUGUCCACUUUACAACUGCCUUCAAAGGUUGCAAUGUGAAGAUACAGGGUGGGCAAUAUGUCCUGACCCUGAUGUGGAGAAACCACUAUGUGCAUAUGACCUGUCCAAUUUCUACACCUGAUAAACCUGUUACAAUCUGUGGUACGAGUAGCAUGACCAUCACACUCCCAGCAGGACCAGUAGAAGCACUUCGUGUAAAAAAUAAAUUAAACAAAUGGGUAUCCAUUCACCAAGUUGCUGUUAAAUGCAAAUAUCAACUGUUGCGUGAUUCAGAGGGAAGGAUCACUUUCACUACUUCCUACAAUGGAUGUCACGUGAGGAGAUCGAUGGAUCGUUACUUCUAUAACAUCUACUAUCAAAUGGCUCCAGGGAAGCUAGGACAGGCAGUCAUGUCUUGUAGGACCGGAAUUAAUGUCACAGUCCCACCUGAAGCGUCUUUGCCGUCUGUAUUUUGUGCCAAGUCUGGCAUGAUAAUCAAAUUGCCUAAGGGAUGUCUUGAUGCAGUCAAAGUGAUAGAUGGUUUUGGCAAGGCAAUACCUGUUGGUAAUAUUGCCAAGAAAUGUAAUUAUCAACUCUUUCAAAUGAAGACUGGACACAUCAUCUUGAUUGCUUCCUUCCAAAGCUGUCAAGUUGCGUUUGUGGAUGGUUGCUUUGCCUUGAAUAUCAAGUUCCAGCAUGCUGAUCGUGUAAUGGGAGAGCUCUCUGCGCUUUGCCAUGCAGGUGGGGGGCCAAAACCAACUUCCCAACCUGAUACUCCUACAACUCGAGAUGUAACUUCCAGUAUACUGUCUACAGUAAUUCCUGCGGAUGUGUCUGCUACCAUCUGCAACAAGGAUGGCAUGACAGUAGUUCUACCCAAUGGUCCUUGGUGGGGGAUUAGAGUGAAAGAUCUUUCUGGCAAAGAGAUCACUGUGACUAGUGAUUUUGCAGAACGAUGCCAUUACAAUCUCUCUCUGCAUCUGGAGAAAAUAAUCUUUACAACUACCUACACUGGCUGUUUUGUUGAGCAAGUGGGAGAUCGGUAUGUCCUGACUGUAAUGUACAGGACAGCUACUUGGAAUCGAGGGUCUGUGCGGAUGGAAUGCCCAACCAGUGCUGGAAGCCCUACAGAAUUGCCUCCUCUUUCAGCCACUGUGGGGAAACCCAUUAGUGUCUGCAGGUCCUCUAACAUGACUGUGGUGCUGCCUGCAGGAUCUCUGGAAAAAGUCUUGGUUCUAGAUCACCUCAACAGGCCAGUAAAAGUCAUUGAUGCGCCCAAGUCAUGCAAUUACAGCAUGGUGGAGAGAAGAGGACAGAUCCUCUUCACAGCUCCCUACAGUGCCUGUGAUGUCAAGAUCCUGAAUGGAAACUAUGUCCUGGCCAUUAUGUAUACAAGUUAUUCUGGAGGCUUUGCGUCAGUGCAGAUGGAAUGCCCUACCACUGGAGAACCAACAAAACCCCCUCCCUCUACAAAACCCAUUCCUCCAACUCCUGUCUGUGGCGCUUCCAGCAUGAUCGUGGCGCUGCCUGAGGGGCCUCUGGAACAAGUCAAGAUAAUGAAUGCCUCCAAUGGGCUAUGGGUAGCUGUAAAGGAUGUCCCAAAGAACUGCAACUACACACUGAUGAAGGAAAGAGGAAGAAACCUCUUCAUAACCUCCUACAAGGCCUGUCAUGUCUGGAUACUGAAUAAAAACUAUGUCUUGACUGUAAUCUACACAACUGCAACUGGGGUAAGAGGGAUGGUGCAAAUGACUUGUCCAGCUGUAGAGACAACAUCCCUUACUACUAGGUCUACAAGUAUUGGGAAGCCAGUGACUACUGGGAAACCUACAAAACCAACUCUCCCUCCCACUCCUGUCUGCAAAGCCUCCAGCAUGACUGUAGCACUGCCCUCUGGGUCACUACAAGUUUUGUUAUUGAAUCUGUCCAAUGAAUGGGUAGAUAUCGAUGCUGCUCCCAGUUACUGCAACUACAGUUUGGUGCAGGGAAGAGGCGGCAGGAACUUCUUUACAGCCCCUUACAGGGCUUGUGAUGUCCGGAUACAGAAUGGAAACUACAUGUUGACCUUGCUUUACAUAACUGCUGCUGAUAAACGAGGGUACUUGGACAUUAGAUGUCCCACCACUGGUGGGGAGCCAACAGAGACUACUAGCCCCUCUGGUGGGGAGCUGACCGGAACUACUGCUGGAGAAACGACAACUACUUGGAAACCUACAAUGCCUACUCUCCCUGACACUGCUCUCUGCAGAGCCUCCAGCAUGACUGUAGAAUUGCCCUCUGAGUUGCUUCAAGUUCUACUAUUGAGUCCAUCCAAUGAAUGGGUAGAUAUCAGUAAUGCUCCCAGUUACUGCAACUACAGUUUGGUGCAGGGAGGAGGCGGCAGGAACUUCUUUACAACCCCCUACAGGGCUUGUGAUGUCCGGAUACAGGAUGGAAGCUACAUCUUAACCUUACUCUACAUAACCAUUGCUAAGGGAGGCUACGUGCACAUGAGAUGUCCAAUAAAAACCACUACUAAGCCAACCAAGACUUCUAGAACCACCACUAGGAAGACUACCAGUAUCGCCACUGUAGGGGUGACCGAGGCCCCUGCAACUGUGGUCUGCACCGCCUCCAGUAUGGUGGUGGAGCUGCCCAAGGAACCUCUAAGACUUGUGAAGGUUCUAGAUAAAUCCAACCGGUGGGUAGCUGUCAUUGAUGCUCCCAAGUACUGCAACUACACCUUGUUGCAGGGAAGGGGAGGGAACUUCUUCAUAACCCCCUACACGGCCUGUGAUGUCAGGAUAUUGAAUAACAACUAUGUUUUGAAGAUCUGGUAUUUGGCAACUGGUGGCAAAAAAGGGUAUAUGGUGAUGAAAUGCCCCACCGAUGCUGGAGAACCCACAAAAGCACCAACAACUACUUGGGAGCCAACCAAGAGUACCAGGACCACCAUCAGGAAGACUACCAUAACAACCAUUGGGGAGCCGACCAGGACCACCAGCAGGCAGACCACCAGCAGGAGGCCUACCAGGACCACCAGCAGGAGGACUACCACAACAACCAUUGGGGAGCCAACCAGGACCACCAGCAGGAGGCCUACCAGGACCACCAGCAGGAGGACUACCACAACAACCAUUGGGGAGCCUACCAGGACCACCAGCAGGAAGACCACCAGCAGGAGGCCUACCAGGACCACCAGCAGGAGGACUACCAUAACAACCAUUGGGGAGCCAACCAGGACCACCAGCAGGAGGCCUACCAGGACCACCAGCAGGAGGACUACCACAACCAUUGGGGAGCCUACCAGGACCACCAGCAGGAGGCCUACCAGGACCACCAGCAGGAGGACUACCACAACCAUUGGGGAGCCUACCAGGACCACCAGCAGGAGGCCUACCAGGACCACCAGCAGGAGGACUACCACAACCAUUGGGGAGCCUACCAGGACCACCAGCAGGAGGCCUACCAGGACCACCAGCAGGAGGACUACCACAACCAUUGGGGAGCCUACCAGGACCACCAGCAGGAGGACUACCAUAACAACCAUUGGGGAGCCGACCAGGACCACCAGCAGGAAGACCACCAGCAGGAGGCCUACCAGGACCACCAGCAGGAGGACUACCACCACAACCAUUGGGGAGCCAACUAGGACCACCAGCAGGAGGCCUACCAGGACCACCAGCAGGAAGACUACCACAACCAUUGGGGAGCCUACCAGGACCACCAGCAGGAGGACUACCAUAACAACCAUUGGGGAGCCAACCAGGACCACCAGCAGGAAGACCACCAGCAGGAGGCCUACCAGGACCACCAGCAGGAGGACUACCACCACAACCAUUGGGGAGCCAACUAGGACCACCAGCAGGAGGCCUACCAGGACCACCAGCAGGAAGACCACCAGCAGGAGGCCUACCAGGACCACCAGCAGGAGGACCAUCACAACAACCAUUGGGGAGCCAACUAGGACCACCAGCAGGAUGACUACCAGGACCACCAGCAGGAGGACUACAACAACCAUUGGGGAGCCAACCAGGACCACCAGCAGGAAGACCACCAGCAGGAGGCCUACCAGGACCACCAGCAGGAGGACUACUACAACAACCAUUGGGGAGCCAACCAGGACCACCAGCAGGAAGACCACCAGCAGGAGGCCUACCAGGACCACCAGCAGGAGGACUACUACAACAACCAUUGGGGAGCCUACCAGGACCACCAGCAGGAGGCCUACCAGGACCACCAGCAGGAGGACUACUACAACAACCAUUGGGGAGCCAACCAGGACCACCAGCAGGAAGACCACCAGCAGGAGGCCUACCAGGACCACCAGCAGGAGGACUACUACAACAACCAUUGGGAGGCCUACCAGGACCACCAGCAGGAGGCCUACCAGGACCACCAGCAGGAGGCCUACCAGGACCACCAGCAGGAGGCCUACCAGGACCACCAGCAGGAGGACUACUACAACAACCAUUGGGGAGCCAACCAGGACCACCAGCAGGAAGACCACCAGCAGGAGGCCUACCAGGACCACCAGCAGGAGGACUACCACAACAACCAUUGGGGAGCCAACCAGGACCACCAGCAGGAAGACCACCAGCAGGAGGCCUACCAGGACCACCAGCAGGAGAACUACCACAACAACCAUUGGGGAGCCAGCCAGGACCACCAGCAGGAGGACUACUACAACAACCAUUGGGGAGCCAACCAGGACCACCAGCAGGAAGACCACCAGCAGGAGGCCUACCAGGACCACCAGCAGGAGAACUACCACAACAACCAUUGGGGAGCCAACCAGGACCACCAGCAGGAGGACUACUACAACAACCAUUGGGGAGCCAACCAGGACCACCAGCAGGAAGACCACCAGCAGGAGGCCUACCAGGACCACCAGCAGGAGAACUACCACAACAACCAUUGGGGAGCCAACCAGGACCACCAGCAGGAGGACUACAACAACCAUUGGGGAGCCAACUAGGACCACCAGCAGGAAGACCACCACAACCACCAUUGGGGAGCCGACCAGGACCACCAUUGGGAAGACAACCAAGGCCCCUACAACUGUGGUCUGCACAGCUUCCAGUAUGGUGGUGGUGCUGCCCAAUGAACCUCUAAGACUGGUCAAGGUUCUAGAUAAAUCCAACCAGUGGGUAGCUGUCAUUGAUGCUCCCAAGUACUGCAACUACACCUUGUUGCAGGGAAGGGGAGGGAACUUCUUCAUAACCCCCUACACGGCCUGUGAUGUCAGGAUAUUGAAUAACAACUAUGUUUUGAAGAUAUGGUAUCUGACAACUGGUGGCAUAAAAGGGUAUGUGGUGAUGAAAUGCCCAACCAGUGCUGGAGAACCCACAAAAGCCCCAACAACUACUCCCACUACAUGGGAGCAAACCAAACCGACCAGGACCACUGGAAUUGCUACGAAGACAACUAUGACAACCACUGGUGGGGAGCCAACUGUAGUCUGCACAGCCUCUAGUAUGGUAGUGGAGCUGUCCAAGGAACCUCUGGUACUAGUAGAGCUUCUAGCUGAAUCCAGCAAGUGGGUAGCUGUCAUUGAUGCUCCUGAGGAUUGCAACUACACCUUGGUUCAGAGCCGAGAAAGGAACUUCUUCAAAACCCCCUACAUGGCGUGUGAUGUCAAGAUUCUGAAUGAGAACUACUUCUUGGCCUUGCGCUAUACAACAAUUGAUGGUACAGUAGGGUAUGUGCAGAUGAAAUGUCCAACCAGUGCAGGAGAACCAACAAAAGAUCCUGCAACUACAAACACGACCAGGAAAUCAACAAGGACCCCCCCAGCACCAGAUGUGGUGUGCAACUCAUCCGGAAUGAUGGUGGAGCUGCCCAAGGACUCUUUAGACCUAGUGGAGCUUCUAGAUUAUGCCAACAAAUGGGUAGUUGUCAACAAGGCUCCCAUGUACUGCAACUACACCUUGCUGCAGGGAAGUGGAAGGACCCUUUUCAUAACCCCCUACAAAGCCUGUGAUGUCAGGAUACUGAAUGAGAACUACAUCUUGACCCUCCGCUAUACAACUUCUGGGCAACAAGUUUAUGUUCACAUGAAAUGCCCAACCAGUGCUGCAGCACCCACAAAAACACCUUCCUCUACAACCACUACUGGAAAACCACCAAUACCCACUGUCUGCAAAGCCUCAGUCAUGACAAUAGAGCUGCCUGAAGGACCAAUUGAACAAGUAGCCCUGAUAGAUAAAUCCAACACUCUGGUAACUGUCAAAGAUGAUACCAGAAAGUGUGGCUACAGCUUGGUGCAUGGGAGAGGAAAGAACCUCUUCACAACCCCUUACACAGCCUGUGAUGUGAAGAUGCUGAAUGGGAAUUAUGUCCUGACUCUAGCAUAUGUAACCCUUACUGGGGAAAGGGUACUGGUGCAGAUGAAAUGUCCAGUCAGUGCAGCUUUACCAACAGGGUUGCCGCUCCCUCCCUUUGGGGUUUCUGUCCUCUGCAGUGAUACUUGCAUGACAGUGGAACUUCCUGGGGGACUGCUACAAGAUAUCCAGUUAAUGGAUGAAUCCAACAACUUGGUAGCUGUUACCAGUGCUCCCAAGACUUGUGGCCUCAGUUUGGUGAGGGGGAACGGCAAGAACAUCUUGACCGCUCCUUACAAGGCCUGCAAUGUCAAGAUACUGAACAACUUCUACAUCCUGAGAGUCAUUUACACCACUCUUACUGGGGAGCGAGGAGAUAUACAGGCCAAGUGUCCUGUUCCUGGUCUAGUACCACGUGAGGGGUGCAAGAUACCAAGAAGUCAGCAGGUUGCUUGUGGUCCACCUAAUGCUGAUCCACAACUGUGUGUGGCCAAUGGAUGUUGUGUGGAUGCAACAACUUCCCAGUGUUACUAUCCUUUGAAUGCAUGCACUGCAGAUGGCCAUUUUGUAUUCUCCGUAGACCGCACCUCAACUAAGCCAGAAAUUGAUCCUGGCAGUCUAGUAAUUGCAGGAAACCGAUCAUGUGCCCCAGUAAUCUGCACUCCAGACUUUGCCGUCUUCAAAUUUCCUGUGACUGGCUGUGGGACACAUGUCUUUACGGUGGCGGAGACUACAAUUUAUCUUGCUGAAGUUCAUGGCUUGGUUCGGGGGAACCAGCAGAUGUAUGGACAAAUUACCAGAGAUGGCCCUUAUCGUUUCCAGGUGGAAUGUCGCUAUUCUAAAGGGCAUUUGGCCAGCACUGGUUACUUGGUGGUGAACCCACCGCCUCCAUCAGCAGCCUUGGCUUUUGGCUCACUUGGGGUUAGGUUAAGGAUUGCCACAGACACCAGCUACACUAGCUUCUACCCUCGGUCCCAUCUGCCCCUGAGCUUCUUGCUUGGAAGCAAGGUGUAUCUGGAAGUGCAGCUUGUAAACCCUCCUAACCCCAAUGUAGUUCUGCUGGUCCACUACUGCAUCGCCUAUCCCCAGUCCUCUCAAGCUGCCUGGGUGAUCCUCUAUGAAGGUUGUCCCAACAUCCUGGAUUACAGCAGUGCUGCUGGCCUCCAUGUGAAAUACAAUAACAUGCCUGUAUCCAAGCACACUCGACGCUUUGAAAUACAAAGCUUCCAGUUCCUGGACUACAAGACCAAGCAGCAUUUGGAUGAGGAAAUCUAUUUUAUGUGUUCAACUGAAGUGUGUUCCCCAGAACACCGUGUUUGUAAUGAAGGAUGCUUUGAUGGGAGAGAUAUGCCUGUUCCAGUAGAUCUUGGUGUGGGAGGGCGCUGUGCAGGAAAGCCCUGUCCUGGGAAAUCCAAUGUAGUCAAGCGAGCUGCUCAUGGUCAUACUGGCCUCAUCGCUGUCGGUGAAGGAACCUUCCUUUUGGAUGAGCCUGUGCCCCAUGAACAAAUGGAGAAGCACUGGACACACUUCCGUGGUCUCCUGGGGCUGCUUGCUCUGCUGGUCUCGGUAUCUGUUGUAAUGCUCUUCCUCAAAAAAUGGGUUGUCUUGCAAAUGGCCAGGUCCUAGAGAAGCAGUCUCUAACUUGAAUAAACCUUUUAUCUUGUGUUGACA